UUUUGUGACUGUUCAUCUUCUCUCUAAACACUCUCCCUCCCAAACACUCCGUGCUCCCUUUUCCAAUCUCUUGUGUUGCAUCCUUACAGCCCAAAAUCGUCGAGUUCCAGAUGGCCCCUUCACCCCAGAAGAAGAAAUCUACUGCGAAGAAAGCUGACAAAAGACUUAAGAUGGAUCCUAGAUUGUUUAGGUCAGUUCAUCAUUUUGAGAGAUACAAGGAUAACUUCUUGAAUGCAGGAAUCAUUCAAGAGAGAUUUGUGGAUUUGGAUGAUUUAAGGCAAACUUUUAUUCCCAGUUGUUUUGAAGGAAGAGGAUGGGACAAACUUUUAAGUGAUUUUCCUUUGGUAUGUGAACCUCUGAUUAGAGAAUUUUAUUCAAAUGCUGUGAUAAAGGAGAAUGAGUUAAAUUGCUGGGUUCGAGGGAAAGAAUUCAUCUUGGAUGCACAUGUCAUAGAUGAUGUACUAGGGCUUGAGGGUUUGGAUGAUGAGGAGUUUGUCAAUUUCAAGGAUAGGAGUGUCUCUAUUGAAACAGUUCAACAGAGAAUAGGUGGGCAGAGAGAAGGGAAGUGUUUGAAUACCACUGCCUUUCCAGUAGACAUGAGGGUUCUAACCAUAAUCAUGAUGUUUAACCUUUAUCCUAUUAGGAAGUUGACCACAAUCAAUUGUGCUAGAGCAAUUUUUCUGAUGGAUCUCAAAGAGAAGAACUUCAUAGAUAUAAGUUCCCACAUCUUUGACAUCAUUGUGGAUGAGACAAGAACAACAUCUAGACCAAAACUGAUCUUUCCUAGUCUCCUAAUGAGGAUUUUUCGAAGGAAGGGUGUUCAAAUUCCUCAAGACAUCAGUCACAUGUCUACACCCUCUGCAAUCAACAAACUUACCUGCAAAAGGAUCAGUGUUAGGCUUCCAGGAGAAGAAGAUGAAGGUGAUGAAGGAGAGGAAGUCCCAAUGGAGACUGAUGCAGAGGCAGCAGGGCAUGCAUCCACCUCAACACCAAGGAGGAGUGGCAAGAGGUCCAGAGCUUCAACUUCUGCAGAUGCACCUCCAGAUGCUUUCCAGAUCAUUCUGGAAAGGCUUGAUGGGAUCAGGGCAGUCCAGACUGAGCAUUCUGACAGAAUGAGAGCCAUGCAAGACCAGAUUGAUGUCUUGGCUGCUACACUUGACAGCUUCACAACUCAGCAUGACCAGUGACCCUUUGGCCAUUCCAUGUCAAAAAGGGGGAGAAAGUUCAUUGAUAAUUGAAGCAGAAAAGCAGCUCUUGAGGGGGAGUAAUUUG